UGUUUUAUAAAUUUUAUUGGCUUUUUUUGUUGUUUAUCUUUCCUGGGUUGCUGGUGUUUUGGCCUCUACAUUCAGUUUUGGCACCUGGGUCUUUUUUUUUUUCGCAAAAAACAGCAAGCUUCAUUGCGGUUUUAGAAAUGGGGUUCAUCUCCAGGAAGAUCUUCCCAGCUUGUGGAAGCAUGUGUGUUUGCUGUCCUGCUUUGAGGUCAAGAUCUCGACAACCUGUCAAGCGUUACAAGAAAUUGUUGUCUGAAAUAUUUCCCAAGUCCCCUGAUGCUCCUCCCAAUGAAAGGAAAAUUGCCAAGCUAUGUGAAUAUGCUGCUAAAAAUCCUUUCCGAAUUCCCAAGAUUGCCAAGUAUCUUGAAGAAAGAUGCUACAAAGAGCUGCGCCAUGAGCACAUCAAAUUCAUCAAUAUUGUUACAGAAGCUUACCAUAAGUUGCUUUGCAUGUGCAAGGAACAGAUGGCAUAUUUUGCUGUUAACUUGCUGAAUGUUGUUGGUGAACUGCUUGAUAACUCUAAGCAAGAUGCUAUGCGGAUACUUGGAUGUCAAACCUUGACAAAGUUUAUCUAUAGUCAGGCAGAUGGAACUUACACGCAUAACAUUGAAAAAUUUGUUCCUAAAGUGUGUAAGUUGUUACGUGAGGAUGGGGAAGAACAUCAAAGACGUUGCUUAAGGGCAUCUAGCUUGCAGUGCCUGUCUGCCAUGGUCUGGUUCAUGGCGCAAUAUUCAUAUAUUUUUGCUACUCUUGAUGAGAUGGUACAUGCCACUUUAGAUAACUAUGAGCUAGACACACAUGCUGGAGAUGAUAAUGAGAGAGGAGAGCCUCAUCAUAAUUGGGUGGAUGAAGUGGUUCGAUGUGAGGGUAGAGGUGCCAUUGUUGCCCGUGAUGCCAGCCCUAGUAACAUGAUUAUCAGGCCUCAACCAGAGAAAAAGGAUCCCUCUCUUUUGACAAGGGAAGAGACUGAGACACCUAAAGUUUGGGCUCAAAUUUGUAUUCAAAGAAUGGUUGAGCUGGCAAAGGAGAGUACAACAUUGCGCCAAAUACUGGAUCCAAUGUUUGUCUACUUUGAUUCUAGACAGCACUGGGUUUCUCAGCAGGGGUUGGCAAUGGUGGUUUUAUCUGAUAUGUCCUACUGGGAGGCAUCAGGGAAUCAACAACUGAUUUUAGCCGCUGUCAUACGUCAUCUAGACCACAAAAAUGUGGCACAUGAUCCUCAACUAAAAUCUUAUAUCGUACAAGUUGCUGCAGCUUUAGCUAGGCAAAUAAGAUCUAGAGGGGUGCUGGCUGAAAUUGGUUUUGUUAGCGAUCUGUGCAGGCAUUUGAGGAAAAGUUUCCAAGCCAAUCUUGAAUCAGUAGGAGAGCAAGAGUUGGACUUAAAUAUCUUGCUUCAAAAUUCCAUUGAAGAUUGCUUGCUGGAAAUAGCAAAAGGGAUUGAUGAUGCACAAACUCUUUUCAACAUGAUGGCAAUAUCACUGGAGAAGUUGCCAUCUUCUGGAGUUGUUGCUCGUGCAACGAUUGGAUCAUUGAUGAUCCUUGCUCAUAUGAUUUCAUUAGCACUAGUCUCCUCUCGUUUACAGCAGGUGUUUCCUGAAGCACUUCUUGUCCAACUGAUGAAAGCAAUGUUGCAUCCAAAUGUUGAGGCCCGUGUGGGAGCACACCAGAUAUUUUCCGCUCUUCUUAUUCCAAGUUCUAAUCGUCCUCGACAUGAAGUUGCAUCUAUGCGUUCUGGUUAUGUCUAUGAACCAAGGAGAUGGCGCUCCAACAAUGCUUCUGCAUUUUCAUCGAUAUCAGCUCUACUUGAAAAGCUCCGAAGGGAAAAGGACGGCAUCAAAAUGGAAAAAAAUAGUUAUUGUAGUCAUGAUGAUCUUAAAGGAAAGGACAAUGUGGAAGAGGACUGGAAGCAGGGCCAUGUCCUCAAGAGUUCCCCUAACAUCUACAGUAUAACCUCUAUUAUUGACAGAACAGCUGCACCAAACAUGGUUGAAGCGGAACCAUAUAUCAUGAAGCUUACAGAGGAUCAGAUAAUGCAGUUACUCUCGGCCUUCUGGAUACAGGCUACUCUUCCUGAUAAUUUGCCUUCAAAUAUAGAAGCUAUAUCUCACUCGUUUGUGUUAACAUUAAUUUCGUUACGCUUGAAGAACAUUAAUGACAGCCUUGUUGUCCGCUUCUUCCAGCUUCCCUUGUCUCUAAAGAAUAUCUCCUUGGAUCCUAGCAAUGGGAUGUUAACUCCAGCACUCCAGAGAUCAAUUUUUAUGCUGUCAAUGGGCAUGCUGAUGUUUGCGGCUAAGAUACAUCAAAUUCCAGAUCUAAACGAUCUCAUCAAGUCCAUAGUUCCAUUUGACGCUGAUCCUUAUCUGGGCAUCAGUGAAGACCUUCAAGUGUUUGUAAGGCCUCAGGCAGAUGUCAGAGGUUAUGGAUCUGUUACUGAUAACCAACUAGCCUCCUCUUUGCUAAUGGAGUUGCGGGAUAAAUUAGAUGAAUCCAACAAGGUCAUGAUGGAUAUCUUGGUUCAGAAUUUAUCUACCGUUACUGAGCUGGAGAUAGAUGAUCUGACAAAGCAACUGUUUGAACCAUUCACACCUGAUGAUGCGUUCAUGUUUGGUCCACGAUCAAUACUGGACUUGGACCACGAUGAAAUGAUUUCCCAAUCCAAAGAAUCACUUUCCUUCGAUGAGGAUGUUCAAACAAGCUCAUUACUUGAGGAUGAUGCAAGAAGUGAAGCAUCUGUUCUUGACCUUUCCCGCUUCAUUCCAAAAGUGCCUGCAUCACCUUCAAUCUCUCAUGUUAUUAGCAUUGGACAGCUCCUGGAAUCGGCACUUGAGGUGGCUGGUCAAGUUGCAGCGACAUCUGUCUCUACAUCACCUCUUCCGUUUGAUACCAUGGCUAGCCGAUGUGAAGCAUUUGGCACAGGUACAAGGAAGAAGCUCUCCAAUUGGUUGGCCCAUGAAAAUCAUCAAAAUGGAGCCGCUGAUAAAUUUUUACCAGCAGUUCUUGCUGAUGAUAGACACAUGACACUUAGGAAGAUAACAAGCGAAGGUGCUUUUAAUGGACCUGUCUCUCGGCUAGACCCAUGCUUGGCUAUGAGGUUGCCUCCUGCUAGCCCUUUUGACAACUUCCUCAAAGCAGCAGGUUGUUGAAGAAGGCACAUAAUGUUGUAGUUGUUUAUGUUGUAAAUCGUAGGUAGUGACUGGAAAUGUGUGUUGUAACCCUUAGGUUUGAACUUAAACUGAUAGUUUGAGGGCAACCAUUCCCAACUAAUCCUUGUAUGUACCUUGUUCUAUUAAAAGAGCUAGUUUUAGACAUGGCACAA